AUGUUCUCCGAAUAUGCAUCCAAGUUCCUUUCACAGUCUCAGUCGCGACUGUCACUGGGUCAGCCCGAGUCGGUAUCGAACCGCAACGCCCCCGAGAGGCAACGGCCUUCAUCGCGAGCUGCCCAGGCCUACCAACAGCGUCGCAACAACAUGCCGAACCCCUACAACUCGCAGGCCAUGAGCCGCUUUGCAUUUGCUUCUAGGACUUCGAAUGCGCCAGCCCCAUUAUUCUACUCGGCCACGGAUGACUUUCGCGAGGAAGACGACCAUGUCGAGCAUGACCGCGAAAUGGCCGACCACUACGCACUGCAACGAUCGCGGCGUCAGUUCGGUGCGAGCCACCUCUCAGAAUCUUCCGAAGUUGAAGACGACCUCGCACAAGCUUCCGACCACACCAUAGGAGCUGAUAGGGACGAGAACGAUGCGCCGGGCUAUGGUUUGGGAAGAGGAAUCAAGAGCUCAUGGAGAGGCGACAAACCCGCACGCGGAAGAUCAAACAUGGUCACAAAGUCCGAAGACGAAGAGCGGGAGUCGAGCGUUCCACUUUCCGAGACUACGGAUCGCAGCAGCAGAGGAAGGGGGCACAUGGUGGAUGUCGAGCUAGAGUCUACAGAUCGGGGGAGCAUAGAAGAGCUGGAUCGGGAUGAGCUGCUCGGACACCAGGACGAGCCGCCACCGCCAUUCCAACAAUUUCGUAACGCACGACCGAAGCGCGGCCGCAGUCCGCUACGACACCACCUGCCCAUACCCGAAGAGACAGACGAAGACACGCUGUUAUCGCAUCCGCGUCCCAUAAGUCCAGACCGCCAGAGCGUUCCCCAGGACGUCCCAGAAAAUCCGGUAUCGGCACCACGGCAUAACUUCUUUUGGGCUGAGCUCUUCAUAAUCGUCCAGUGUGCCAUCUUUGGCACAUGGUUCAUUUCUCUACUCCAGGAAUCGCCACCGAACAAGAAGAACCCGUUGGGCGACACCAUCUACACGGUGCUGCAUUCAUCAUUCCAUCUCAUCGGGGUAUAUUCUUUGGUUUCUGUCCUUGUCGGAGUCUUGUGGCUAUCGCUACUUCGGUCUUUUGCGCGACCCUUGGUCAAUCUCAUGCUGCUGGCGAUACCAGUCAUCUCCAUUUCCUUCUUCUUCUACCCGUUUGUGUCGAGCUUCAAGGGGUCAUGGCAUGGCGACAGCGUGCAAGAUCGGCUGAUGCGCUGGUUCUCAUUUGGACCACUAUGUUUUGCGUUUUUCUGGGUAUACACAGUCUGGAAGGCACGACACUCAUUAGACAAAGCCACAGGAAUGCUCGAAUUCUCAAGCGAAAUUCUUAGAGCGCAGUUCCCACUCCUACUCGUGGGCAUUGCGACAUUGGCUGCUGUGAUAAUCUGGUCUUGGAUCUGGAUCUUGAUGUUCACUCGCUUGUUUCUCGGGGGUCACUUCGCCAGCAACAAGUCGCGAUGGAUCAUCGACACCAGCACGUGGUGGCUGGGCAUGGCUUUCUUCCUCGACUACUUCUGGACCUUGUCCGUCAUCGCAGGCGUACAACGCGCCACCACCGCCGCUACAGUAUCUCAGUGGUACUUUCAUCGCAAUAGCGUGCCAGCCCCCGCUGCCAGCACCGUCGUCCAAGCCUCACUCAGUCACGCGACGUAUACCAUGGCCGGCACCAUCUGCAUGUCAACCCUCAUUUCCCUCCUGGUCCGCCUGCCGCUCAUCGUCCUGCCGAGACGCCUCGCGGGCAUGAUUGGCAUGUGCGCAUACUCCAUCGUACCGACGCCCAUCGCCGCUCUAACGAACCCACUCACUCUAACCUUUGCCUCGAUCCACGGCGUCCCCCUCAAUCAAGCCGCACGCGGCCUCUCACAAAUGAACUUCAUCUCCGCCGCCUCACCCACCACAACUCUCGGCCCCAGCUCCUUCAAAAACCACGGUCGACCCUCCAUCCAAUCAUACCGUCUCGCCAAACUGCUUCUUCACGCAAUCCGCUGGGUCAUCACCCUCUCCCUCGGUUUCGGCGGUUGGGUUUCCACCGCCCGUAUGCUCCAGCUCGGCAACGAAAGCGUGCCAUACAAGGGUAGUUUGUACGCCUACGUCGUGGGACUCAUCAGCGCAGCCAUUGGUUGGGGUGCCCUCGGUGCCAUGGAGGGUGUUCUAGGCGGUAUCCUCGAUGCGGUGCUUGUCUGCUGGGGAAGCGAAGUGGGCAGAGAUGGUCAGGGCGAAGCGAGAUAUUGUGUUGAUGCUGGCCGGUUGUUUGGAAAUGAAGUCACGGGUCAAGGGAGGGGGAGGUAUGAAGUUUAA